GUGAGCAUUGCGGGAUACGAUAUCAUCCGUGUCCUUGGGAAAGGCAGCUUCGGUGUCGUUCGUCUAGUGCGAGAGUCCUCGGAUUCUUCAACAUCGGUGCCAUCCGCCAAGGGGAAGUCAUCCAGUCACUACCAAAGCACCUCGUCGCAACGAGCGCAAUCGACUAGUACUACCGGAUCAACUCCCAAACUCGCCGGCGGUCCCAGCCCGAAAUCGCAGCUCUACGCGAUGAAAGUCAUCCGCAAAUCCGACAUGCUCCGCAACUGUCAAGAAGGACAUCUGCGCGCCGAGCGAGACUUCCUCGUGGGCUCCGAGGAUUCCAACUGGGUUGUCCCGCUUGUUGCCGCGUUCCAAGACGAUUCGCAUCUGUAUCUUGUCAUGGAAUACAUGGUCGGCGGCGACUUCCUGGGGCUACUCCUCCGCGAAGACGUGCUCGACGAGCCAGUGGCACGGUGGUACAUCGCGGAGAUGAUCCUAUGCAUCGAAGAGGCGCAUAAGAUGAAAUGGAUCCACCGCGAUGUGAAGCCGGAUAAUUUCCUCAUCGACGCAAAGGGUCACAUGAAGAUCUCAGAUUUCGGGCUCGCUUUCGAUGGCCAUUGGAGUCAUAACCAGCAGUAUUUCAACGAGAGGCGGUAUACCCUACUAGAGCGUCUGGGCAUCCAUGUUCGCGGCGACUCUAAGGACGAGGUGGACGAAGGGGAUGGCGGGAGUGCAAAGAAGUAUCAUCGCGCCCUUCAUCGCUCGGUGAGUACUCGUUCGUGCAGCCAUCGUCGCCAGAAUGAAGGAGUGCUGGACUACCUCAACCGGACCGCGAAACGUCGCCUGGCCAAGAGCGUUGUGGGCACCAGCCAGUACAUGGCGCCCGAAGUCAUCCGUGGCGAAGACUACGACGGGCGCUGCGACUGGUGGAGCGUCGGCGUGAUCCUGUACGAAUGCCUGUACGGCUGCACCCCAUUCUUCGCCGAAGACCGCGACAAGACCAAAGCGCGCAUCCUACGCCACGAAGUGGAGUUGCAUUUCCCCACGCGUCCACGCCUCGCUCGACCGCAAUCCCUCCGCCCCGUGCAGCUCCGCGACGUUUCCCCCUCCGCCAUCGACCUCAUCUACCAACUCCUUCAAGAACGCCAAAUCCGCCUCUCCAGCCGCCGCUACCGCGCCAACGACCCGCUCCUCCCCCGCGAUUUUGCCUUCGACAACGACGCCGAGGACAUCAAGCGCCACCCGUUCUUCCGCGGCAUCGACUGGCACCGCAUACCGACGUCGCGGCCGCCGUUCGUACCGGUCGUACGCGCGGGGCAGGGCGUCGAUAAGUACUUCGAUAAGGAAGAGGAGAUUCUGAACUCCACCUCGUCCACGGACGAUUCAUCGAGCGAGGAGUCGGUGAAGGGGUUCGAUGACCUCGAGCCUGGCGCCGCGGAUCGCAACGAUGGGACCGUCGUCGGCGACGGCGCGGGCGAGCAUCUGGCCGGACGGUUGAUUGGGGGGGGGAUAGUCGGCGGGCCGCGGAUCGCGAAGAAAGGGAAGCGGAAGCGGGAUCAGAAGCGCGCGCGCGACAAGUUGAUCCGUGAUCCGACGGUGGGCAAGCGCGUGCUCGAGCUGCGGAAGAAGGCGGCGUUCUUGGGGUACACGUAUCGGCGACCGCGGUUCGCGGGGUUGGAUGAGGAGGGAUGGAGGGAGAUGAGGGCGGAUUGGAGCGUUUGUGUGGAUGGGGCGGGGGAGGUGGAGAAGGAGGGCGGGGAGGAGGAGAGGGGGGGAGAGGGGAGUGCAAGGAGGAAGACGAGGGGGGUGAGGAGGUGGAGGAAUGGGAAGAGUUUGGUUCCGAGCGGGACGGUGUUGCCGGUGACGGACUGA